GUGAAAUGUGAACUGUCUGUGGAGGACCGAUAGAGGUGUGGAAACUGAAAGGCCUCGAAGUUUUUGUAAAAUACCGCAGAGAUGUGAUAAGGACUGGCAAUAGGAAGGAAAGGACUGGAAUAAGGAAUAUGGGGAUUUAAGUGUAGAAAAGAAUCUGUGUUUUAAGGUGCUGUGUUAUGUUCAGGUGAUAAGUGUAUGGAAAACUACUUUCCAACUGAUGAGCUAUGAAAGUGUGUAUUGCUUGUCAUGUGGAAACAUCAACAGUACGUUUUCUGGAAGAGUUUGAGAGUGAAGGUAGUUAAGAAGUUAGUAUUCCUUAAAGUUCAAAAUAAACAGACAAAAAGUGAACGAGACACAAAUGAUGCCUGAAAUCUACUAGAAGACAAUUGGCAAUAAAUAACGAGUGAAGAAUGCAACACCUAUUGGCUCAGGUAACGAGCAGUCUGCUGCAGUUUCCAGAGGUGACUACUCAGGCACUUGGGGAAGGUGAGAUAACCCCAGGUUCUGUGCUGAGCGGGAAGUUUUCUGGAGGGAGAAAUGGCUUGGCAUGGUUGGCGUGCGGUCCUCAACUGGAGGUAGUGAACUCCGUGACGGGAGAGCGGCGCUCUGCUUACCGUUUCCGUGGGGUAAAUAAACAGCCUCCCACCAUUCGCGUGGUAAAGGAUUUUUCCUGGCAGAAGAGAACGGGACUGCUGGUUGGGUUGGAAGAAGCAGAGGGAAGUGUUCUCUGUCUGUACGACCUUGGAAUAUCGAGAGUGGUUAAAGCAGUUGUUCUCCCAGGAAGGGUAACUGCUAUAGAACCCAUAACUAAUCACGGAGGAGCCAGCGUGAGCACUCAGCACCUACAUCAGAGUCUGCGAUGGCUCUUUGGAGUGGCAGCAGUGGCUACAGAUGUUGGUCAUCUACUUCUGGUGGACCUUUGUUUGGAUGAUUUAUCUUGCAGUCAGAAUGAAAUAGAAGCAUCGGAUCUAGAAGUUGUCACUAGAAUUCCUGCUGAAGUUCCACAAAGAAGAGAAACUGUGACCAGAGAAGGGAGGCAUCUCUGCUUUCAACUACAAAAUCCUUCAGGAACAGCAAUAUCAACCCUGUGCUACAUAAGCAGAAGCAAUCAGCUCGUUGUGGGUUUUUCAGAUGGCUGCCUGUCACUGUGGAAUAUGAAAACUUUGAAGAGGGAGCACCACUCUCAGCUUGAAGGGGGAAGGAUUCCUGUCUAUGCUGUUACUUUUCAAGAGCCUGAGAAUGAUCCUCGCAAUUGUUGCUACUUGUGGGCUGUUCAGUCUACACAAGAAAGUGAAGGUGACGUUGUGAGUUUACAUCUGUUGCAGUUAACAUUUGGUGACAGAAAAUGCUUGGCCCCAGGACAAGUCAUGUAUGAGGGUCUGGAAUAUUGUGAUGAAAGGUACAGUUUGGAUCUUACGGGUGGAGUCUUUCCCUUGAGAGGGCAGACCAGCAAUACCAAACUACUGAGCUGUCAGACCAUAGAAAAAUUUCGCAACCAUGUUGACAGAGAGGAUAGCAUUAAUGAAGUAAUAUCACCUGACACCAGUGUAUCAGUCUUCAGCUGGCAAGUGAAUACAUAUGGUCAGGGAAAACCAUCUGCUUAUUUGGGUGUAUUUGACAUUAAUGGCUGGUAUCAUGCUCAAAUGCCUGAUUCACUAAGGCCAGAAGAAUUCCUUCAUGAUUGCCCCUAUUUUGCAUUGUGGUCACUGGAGACUGUAAUAAGCGUGACUUCUCCAAACCCCAUUUUGGAUAUUCUGGUACACGAGCGGAGUCUAAGUCGGGGAGUUCCUCCUUCUUAUCCACCACCUGAGCAGUUUUUUAACCCAAGCUCCUACAGUUUUGAUGGUACGUGCUUGCUGAACUCCGGAGUUGUUCAUAUGACUUGCACCAGCUUCCAGAAGGAGACCUUGAAUUUUUUAAAGAAAUCUGGUCCUUCUAUAAGUGAAGCCAUUCAUGAUAGCUACAACAGGUGUCUUGUAGCUGGCUUGCUGUCUCCAAGACUAGUUGAUGUCCAGCCAUCCAGUUUGAGUCAGGAGGAGCAGUUACAAGCGGUAUUGUCAGCUGCUGUCCAGACAGGUUCUGUAGAACUUCUGACUGGAUGCAUUAAACAUUGGGCAUCUGAAGCGCAGCCAAGUUCUGCUGCUAAUUUACGGUUUGUUCUUGAGUGGACAUGGAACAAAGUGAUCUAUGCAAAAGAUGAGUUUGACCAAAUAUGUGUUCCGCUCUUUGAUGGCUCUCGCAACUUUGUUGACCCGCAGACGUUACAGUCUCUUCAGCACUGCCAGUUGCUUUUGAGCAACCUUAGCACGGUCUUAACCUGUUUUCUAACAGAAGCACAAGAGCUUACUGAGAAAGGUUUUACAGACUUGACAAACAAGCAGGUGGUAACUGGCCUCCUUUCUUUGUAUGCACAAGUGGUCAUCUGGUUCUGUCGAUCCAGCCUCCUUCCAGAGGGUUUAGAUGAUGAUAUGCAUUUGGGUAGACCUUUCUACAAUUACCCUCUGAUUCAGAGCUACUACACUGGUCAUCGACAGAAACUUGAGCGUUUAUCAAGAGGAAAAUGGGAUUCUGACUGCUUGAUGAUUGAUGGAAUGGUUUCCCAGUUAGGAGACCAAGUUGAGAAGUUGUGGCGGAGAGAUGAAGGAGGAACUGGGAAAUACCCACCUGCUAGUUUACACGCACUGCUGGAUCUCUAUUUGCUAGAAAGCAUUGAAGAAAGCUACAAACAUGCAAUUACAAUUUACUUGCUGCUAGAUAUCAUGCAUUCCUUUCCAAAUAAAACAGAAACUUCCCUCGACUCCUUCCCAACUGCCUUUGCUAUCCCUUGGGGACUUGUUAAGCUUAUUCAAGGUUUUUGGCUUCUAGAUCACAAUGAUUACGAAAAUUCACUGGCCCUGCUCUUUCAUCCAGCUACAAUCAAAACUGUGUCAUGGCAGCACAUGAGAAUUAUUCAAUCCCUGAUGUGCCAAGGAGAGCAUAGGCGAGCCCUCAGAUACAUACAGAUGAUGAAGCCGUCAAUGUCAAGCAGCAGUGAAGUGCGGCUUUUCCUCACUGUGUUGUUGUCCAAUAGGUGCGUGGUGGAGGCUUGGGGUCUGUUGCAUCAACAUGCCACCAGGUUAAACAUCAAAGAGCUGUUAAAACACAUGUAUAAAAUCUGUCAGGAGAUGGGACUAAUGGAAGACUUACUGAAGCUACCUUUCACAGGCACUGAACAAGAGUGUUUGGAGAAGAUUUUACAGAGCGAUGCUGCUGUUCGGAAACCUAGAUUUCCUUUAGACCACCAUGUGCAGCGUGCCAACUAUAUCCCAGCGCUGCAGUUGAAUCAUUCAAUGAACGUUAAUCUUAUGAAUGAUCGUGAGCCUCGCUUGAGAGAGCGAGCAGUUGCCAGAAAUUCUACAUUGGACCAAUAUGGCAAGAUCCUUCCUAGAGUUCAAAGGAAGCUGGCUGUAGAGAGAGCCAAGCCUUACCACUUGCCUUCAUCGGUCUCAAGAGAAGUCGCAAGACCAAAGCCAUUAUCAACAGUAACAAAACAAGCAAAUGCAGGAAAUGUGCAUACAAGAGCAACGUUCAUCAGUAAUGUAUUGGCAAAAAUUAGAGAAGCAGGGGUAGGAAAUGAGCAGAAAACCAGUUGCUCACGCCGUGAUAGGCCUAGAGCUACAGAACCACCAGUCAUAACACGUCCUCUACCUCAUGCAGAGUUGCCCGAUGCAUUUGUUGAGACACCUAUUACAAAAUUUUCACGAACCUAUUCCAGAUUGCUGGAUUUGGUGGUUCAUCCUGUUCCUUCACGUUCUGCAGCACAGGGUGGUAGCUGGCAGUCACCAUGCAGCGCUUCUACUUCAUUCAUGGCAUCCAGCCCAUUGACAUCAAAUAUGCUUGGUUCCAUCUCACAGAAGAAUUUUUCAAGAGCAUCAGAGCUGAAUUUACUGGAGACGCCUCUUGUGGUUAAGAGAGCUAAAGUUUUGGCCACAGCUGCUUCUGGUUUUCCUGCGUUUACUCCUCAGUCUAUUCUCAAAUCCAGCCUUCGCACUACACCCCUAGCAACUCCCUCUGCAUCUCCAGGACAAUCAGUUACUCCUCCUCUACGAGCAAAGAAGCCUAGAGUAUCUUUCAGGGAAGAGAACUCGAAUGCAAAAUGGACUGUUGGGGUAACGGAAGAUAAUAAAGCACCCUCUGGAGUUUCAUCUGAGCAUCAUCACGGAGUGGUGGAGGAUGCUUGGUCUGAAAGUAGAGAUAAACCAAGUCUGUUUCCUCUGAGCAAUCCCGAGGAUGCUGGUGCUGAAGUGGAAGAGUCUGGAGAUGGUUUGGAUAAAGUGGAUGUCAGCAAAGAAAACAGUAACUUCUCUGCCAGGUCAGACCAAACUGCUUUGGAGUAUCAUGAUGCAAAAUCACCCGGCGAUUUUGAAGAUGAUGUCAUCUUUAUAGCUGCUAAUCCAGCUAAUUCUUCCACUGACGAAACUGCCGAUUUUGAAGAACUGGAGAAGGAGGAAGGCAGCGAAAUGGUUGAAGAGAAACCCUUCCCGAUGGAACAACCAGAUUCAUCAGAACUAAGAAAAGCAGCUGGAUUUGUGGAAGAAUCAAACGCUGAACGUCUUACCCUUCCUGAGGAUGGUAAAUUGUUGUUUAAAGCUGCUGAGGCUGCUACUUCUGGGACUGCAAGUGAAGGUGAAGCAAACCAGCAGGAGUCCAAAAUGUCCUCUUCAUCAGAAGAAAAAGCCAUACCAGUUGCAACAAACCCACAGCUUUCUGAAUCCCCGCAGGCAGAGGGUGAAUCUGUGAUACGUAUCCUUGACAGCGAGGAUGUGGUCAGUACUCAUUCAGAAAAUUGCCUUGAGGGGAGGUGUGUGGAUUUACGUGAAGAACGUAACCCAGAAGCAGCUGAAGAUGAAGGAAACGUUCCUUUUCCACAGGAAGAAGUAACUGUUUCUAACAAUCUUCCUAAAACUGAGGAAAUUAAUGUUAUUGAAGAUGGUGCGGUUAAGGCACAAACCUCAGAAGAAGCACCUGAAACAUCACCAUAUAGUGAACUGCAUCCCUCAGGCAAUCUUCAGUACAGCUGUGAUACUACAGAGCAACAGUUUGCCUGUCAUUUGCCUGAUAAUAGAGAUGGUGAAUGUGAUGCAGCCGAGGGAGAUGGAGAGCUUUUUCUAUCUCAGAGUAAUUUUACUUUAGUCUUGGAAGGAGAAGAAGGUGAAGCAGAGAUGGGAGACCCUACAUUAGUAGAUGCUUCUAAAGCAGCUGGCAGAACAACAGAGGAAAAACCUGUCAACAGUUUAGGAAAUACUGAAAACCAAGAACAUGUUACCAACUCGGUGUCCACUGUAACUAGUGAUCAGGAAUCUCAAAAUAUUGCAGAGUCGCUCCCAUACGUGCCUGAACCCAUUAAGGUAGCUAUUGCUGAGAACUUACUGGAUGUAAUCAAAGACACAAGAAGCAAAGAAUUUACGUCUGAAGUUGUAGAACAAUCUAUUCAUGAAACCAUAGGUAAAAAGGUAACUGGAUUCCAGAAGGCAAAAGCUCCCUUAAGAACUGUGCCAGAAGGAGUGGAAGACAAAACCAGCGUACGUCAAGUAGAGUACGGCAUCGCUCCUAGAACACGUGCAAGGGGACAACUGAGCAGAAGUCCAAGUACUCCAUCGGCAGGCACUCAGCAGCUACUGAAGACAGGCAAACCAGGUCUGUUUGCACUGUCUCCUAGGAGAAGUACCAGGCGAACAAAAGAAGCACCUGAGACUUCUAGUCUUCAAACAGAAGAAAAUGCUCAAGAGGAGCAAAUGCUUGUGAUGCCUGUUACUCCUAGGAGAGGCAGGAAGCCUAAACCAAGUACUGCAGAAAAAGUAGAAAGCAGUCUUUCUGAUGGACGAACAUUGUCCCUCCGUACACAGUCCAUAGCCGCUACUCCAAGAAGAGGAUUAAGGAGAGCGAAGGAAGCUGCAGCUGAACUCUUGGAAGAGGCUACUGAGGAAACUUCUCUUGCUGAAGGUAGCAUUAUCGCUUCUGCUACUUCCCAAAGGCCUAGAGGAGGGAAAAGUUCAGCAGGAGGUCAAGAAACUGGCCAGACUGACACCGGUCAUAAGAUAAAAACGUCAGUCAGUCCCAGCAGAAGUGCAAGAAAACUGAGAAGCGUUAAUUUACAAUUUAUGGAAAAUACUGUCAAGGAUCAAGAGGUGCAGCCUAGUGCCCAACUCCUUUUCCCGGUGCCAACUAAAAGAGGCAGAAGAAGAAGGAUGAGUUCAUCAGAAGUUUCAGAAAAUUCUGACCUUGAUCUGUCUAAAUCAUCGCUUCCUCAAACAGAAUUCAAACUUCCCGUCACUCCGAGAAGAAGGGCCAGGAAGCGGGCACAAAAUCUCCUGGCAGACACAGAAACUCUCUCUGCUCAGGAAGACAUGCGUGCAGGUGGGAAAGUGGAAAUCCUUGAUACUCCUAAGAGAAGAAUAAGAAGAGUCCCACAUGCUGAACUAGAAAAAACGGAUGCUCCUGAGCAAAGAGCUGCCCAGCCAAACGAGGAAUCAAGCACACCCAGGACUACAGUAAGAACAGGGCGUCGGGGCAGAAAGAGACGAUUAGUAUUGGAGGAGAGCACAGGGGAGGAGGCCUUCCCCCAAGGACCUGGUGGCAGUCCUUUGAUGCUUGAAGAGAGAAACCCAUCAGGACAUGCUGAAACAUCAAGAACUUUAACAGAUCGUAUUACAAGAAACAGAUCCCGUAAAACUUCUAUGCAUCAGAAACUGUCUCUUGAGGAAAAUGAGUCCUUCCUUUUCUCUCCUCCUCUCACAAAGCUGACAAAGAAAUUUAAAGCUGGAAAAGCAGACCAUCCUGUGCAUCUUAAGGAUAUAGACCCGGACUUGUCUUCUCAAUUUGUCUUUUCACCCCCUCUGUUGAGGUCAAGGAGAAAAAAUGAAUCUAGUAUUUCCCAAAUUGUGAAAGAACCAGAGCUUCCAACUAAAGAGGAAGAGGAUACCAAAUCCAUAGAGUCUGUGGGAAAGCAAAAAUUGAAGAGAGGUAGAGCUGCAAAAUCAAAAAUGACAAAAGCAAGCAAAACCACAAGAAAAGAAGGUUCUUGGUCACCUCCACCAGUGGAAAUAAAAUUCAUCUCGCCUUUUGGAAGUCCAGUGGAUGGAACAAAAAGCAAGCAGCAAGAAACCGCAGAUGCGGCAGAGAAGAUGCUACGAAAGAACAAAAAAAGACUGUCUAAUUUUCCAAAGCCAGUUGGGCGCCGGAAGAUGCUGUAACUGUUUUUUAAGUUUAUACUGUACACCACUGUUUGUAAAGUCAUCAAAAUUGUGUGGGUUAGUAAAAAGAAAAAAAAAUCACCUAAUUUGGAAGAGAUAAUUUAUAUAAAUUAUUGUAAAAUUUCAUAAACAAAUGGUCUUCAGUAAGUAACUCCAUAUGGAGUGUGAUUUCUUCAGUCAAUGCAGUUUUCUAUUUUAUAUUAAGACUUCAUACAUUUAUAUAAUAUGUAAAUACAGCUUAUUUUAGGAAUGUUAAAUAAAAAUGUAUACUUCACAAUAUGCUUACUGUCUGAUAGCUUUUUGAGGGAAUAGUGGGUUGAAUGGCCUGUAUUGCUCAGAAAUUUUAAUGUUGGUUUGCAAGAGUUGCAGGUGCUCAAAAGUGAGGCCAAAAGCUUUGCUUAGAAUUCCUAUAACAAGUAAACAUUUAAAACAUACUAGUUUAAAUUUUAUAUAUGAUGUUUGACCUUCUGGCACAAAUAAUUGGGCUCAAUACAAACUGGUAAUUCUUUACAUUCACAGUUAAGUUGUACUGUGUUGAAGUCAGAAUGUAAACAGUUGUAUUUUAAGUGUGCAAUAUUUUUUGUAUUUGUCUUAAACUUUGGGGAAAGCUGCUCUUUAGUUCAUAAAACUAGAUCGCACCUCAGAUGCUUCACUAUUUUUUACAGUUUCUUGUCAGCAAAAAAAUAACUCUAUAGAGGGUGUGAUGCUUACAAUAGCAUAUCAAAUUUAAAGGGAUAUUACCCACAUAGUUUGAAAUUUGAGCCAAAACUAUUUUCAUAAGGUUAAUAGGAAUGCUACUAUAAUUGAAAUAAUUAUUGUCUGUGAACAUAUUUUGCAGUAUUUGAACCCUGCAUAUCACAGCACUGAAAACCUGAUCGUAAAGCUAACAUAAUAGUCUGAAAAAGGUACCAAAAUGUACAGGAAUCUUACAUAUAAACCAUAUUUUUUUAAAAAUUAUUACAUUAAUAAUCUUGGGUUAUGGAGUAAAUGUCCCUAUAAAGCUUCAAUUUGUAAAAAUAAAUUAAAAAACCCUAUUCUUUUAAAAGCAGACAUGGAAGUACUAUUUUGAUGUGCAGUCUUUUAGACAAUGGAUUAUUUUUCUGUAUGUUAAUUUAUAUAUGGUUGCAACUUUUAAGAUUACAGAAUGGUUGAACCUGACAUUAAACUUUUCAGUUAGUAAAAACUACUACAGUUACUCUAAGAAAUAAUUUAUUGCUUAACUGAUACGUUGUGCAUCAUGGUUGAAUGUAUUAGUAACAGACUAAACUUAUAAAAGAGUUUCUUCUGGGGCCAUGAUUUUUCGAACUCAAAACAGGUCAUUCUAGAGAAGCAGUCGCAUGCACUUGGAUAUUUUUCUCCUUGAGAGUAUUCAUGUCUGAAUGAAAGCUUAAAAAAAAUGCCAAAUGCUGACAGUGUGAAAGUGGCAGUUUCAGUGAGACCUUUCAGUCAGGUUAGUAAUCAUUUACUCUGAAUAUUUUGUACUUGAACUACAAUAUAAAUAUUGUUUAAAGAGGUGGGGGGGGGAGUUCUAGUAGUAUUUUUUAAAUUCACGUUGUACAGAAAUGCAGUGAAUAGCUCAGAAAAUUGAGUAAAAAAUCAAACUUUCAAAACUGGAAUAGAAAAUGGAUGUCAAAUCUGAAUAUAUGUUUUGUGUAGUGCACAAGAGUAUUUAUAAAAUGUUCCUAUUCCUGAUCAAAUAGAAUUGACUGAUGAAAUACUAGUGAAGAUUGCUUAAUAGGGUUUUAACGUGUUUCUGUCAUUUAAACUUGCAGUGUAUUUUUUAGUGUGACAAUCAAUUAGAACAAAUGAAAACAUGAUAUUAACUAAUUUUAGUAAUAAUUUGUAGUAAUUUUUAGCCUCUUUAUUUUAUAACCAGCUCAGCUGAGUUAUCCUCAUUUGGCAGUGCUUUGGAGGAAAAAAGAAAGCAAUAGUAAUAACAAGAAAAUUGGCAUGAGAUUUAAUAACUUCCUAAAGGUUUGUAAUCAUUUAGUAAUUUUUUACUUUAAGGGAGUUUUAAUCCAAUUAUGUGUAAAAAUGUUUUCCUCCUUUUUUUUCAGUUACUUAGAUUCAAUGCACAGUUCUUGGGGUGCUAACCAGUUUCCCCAGGGAGCAGUUUAAAAAGAAUAGGAGCAUAAGCAUAAUGUGUAAUAAGAAAUGGUAUUUCAGAGAAUUGAAGGACAUAGAAAGAAAGGAAGGCAAAAUAAGGUACUGGGAAUUUUUAUUUAGAGCCUGAGAAAGGGAAAAGUAACUAACAGCGUCAAGAUGGCAACUCAAGGAUGGGUUUAUAAUGAAGUGGAGAAAAUAGAUUUUACUUGGGUGUUUUUUGUGUAGGGCUUGCUGUAAGUAUGUGAAGGAUAGAGGGGAAAAGAUCAUUUCAACAAGGGUGAGGAAGAGCCAGUUCAUGGGCAGUUACUUCUUAACAGGAUGAAUUGGGAAGGAGACUGCCUUUUAAAAGAUUAAAAUGGCAUGGAGGUGAGGGGCGGAGCAGGCUAGGAGUCUUAACAGAGAAUUGCAGGUGUUUGCACAUGUGUUCAUGGUGCCAGAGAAGGGCAUGAGGGGCCCGUGAAAGAAAGAGGUGUGAUGCAUCGUUGUAGUGGAUGCAUGCAGAAGGCUAUAGGGGCACAGAGCAGCAAUUCCCUUGUGAGCAAGAUGAGAAUUGCCCAGGAGCUACUCGGUACAGUUCAUCACUAAAUAGAGCAAUUCUGAAGUUUUUCUGUAAGAAAGUUAAUUGCUUGAGAGGUGUGUGUUUUUCUCCCCCUAAAGAAAAGCUAGAAUUUCUCAAGAGUGUUUUGAUGCAUCUGCUUUGAUCUAAUGUCAGACGGCUAAAAGCUGAAGCUAAAAUGUGCAUCUGUACCUUUGGGGUUGUAACCCCAGAGAAAAUUCCGCUGGAAGGUUGACUGCCUUGGGACAGCAGACUUUCUCCCCUUUCAGAAAGAAUAAACAUAAGUGUAAUGGCAGAUUUAUUUCCAGGAAACACAUAGUAGGAGGUGUUAGUGAAGGGAGAAUGAAUAUUAGUAAGAUUAAGGGCUGUUUUAGAAGGGAAUUUGUCAAGAAAAGAAACGUUGUUUUGCGUUCGAAAUGCGCUUCCCCUGAGUUAACUCAGAGAGUUAUCACAAAUAAGACUUUUUUUUCUUCAAAUGUUUAGAAGGCAGGGCUGAUGAAAGUAUUCAUUCCAGGUUAUAACAUGAGGGAAACUGAAAGCAAAUCUAUUUUACUUUCGAUAGACACUUGGUGCUUAAAGCAUUAUUAACUGAUUCAUGUUGACUUAGUUUAUUUGCCUUAAUAUUUGUAUAUGCCCAGUGUGUAAAUGAAGCCGCAGAUAACUAAUUUAAUCCCCCAUCAGAACUUCCUCUCAUGGAAGACUACUCUCAGGGUUGUCAGCGCAAUACAUUUAUUUGCUGGAAUUCCAUCAGUUCCCAUGUAACUAAUCAGAAAUAGCUUAGGUGUUGAUUUCUGGUGGGG